CUCUCCAGCUUCCAGAGCACCAUCAAGGAAUUUUAAAAACAUCGGACUUUCCAGCAGCUAAAUACUUUUGGGGAUUCAAAAGGCCACAAAGCUAGAAAUACACAACAGUUUAUUUUUUUCUGCUGAAGGGUUCAACUUUAAGCUGUGAACUACGAACCACCAUUCAACUCUCAACACAGACACACACUUACAGGAAGAGAAAAUGUGUUUUCUGACCAAGCAUCCAGCUUUUUGGGUGGCAUUUUCAGCUUUCAUAUUUGGUGUGGUCACUGCAGAAGCACAGUCUGGGAAACAGCACAAGCAGGAAAGCAGCUAUGCUCCCAGCCAAGGCUAUCUGAUGGAAGUUUUACGCAUUCUCUCAGCUGACAACUACACUGAGCUCCACAAGAAUCACUCAAGAAAACUGAUCAAAAUGUUAUUGGAGAGAGCUGAAUGUCCACAGUGGAUUUAUGGGAUGCAGGAGGAUUGUAAUCUGUGCCUUGAACCAGAUGCUUUGUUAUUAAUAGCUGGUGGAGAUUUUGAAGACCAUCUCAGUGAAGAAGUAUUCCAGAGAAUUUCCCUCAUUCUUCUCUACUAUAUUAUUCAUCAAAGAGACAUCUGUUCUUCAGAGCUCAGUCUGAGUAACAAGGAUUAUAAAUUUUACCUACACAGCAUGCUCAGUUUAAGGCGUGAUGAAGACUGCUAUUAUUUCUCAAGGAAUGAAACUGAAGACAUUUUGGCUGCAAUAAGGCAACAUUUUAAAACUCCUGAAAGCCAGUGUGUUGAUGUAAGCGUUCUGGAGAAAGAAGCUGCCAUAUUGGACAGUGACGGUGCUGAUGAAAAUACACUUCCUCGCCUGGCUGCUACAAUCAUUACUUUGGCUCUCCAAGGAGUCUGCCUCGGGAGAGCAAGUUUACCCACGCCAGAAUUCUUUAUAAAAUAUAUUUUCAGUUCUCUAAACAGCACUAAUGAACUCCAAGUAACAGAAAUAGACCAACUCCUAAGCAUGCUGAGGGAUGGAAAGACCUGCAAUACAAAUGGACAAAUGUACAGUCGCAGAGAAAGACGUCAUGGCAUGACAAUCAGAGAUGUUGGAUAUUUAAAUAUUCCACUCACAUCAGGACAAAAAAAUGGGCAAUAUAUAAGUGGUUAUCAUGAAGUUAAUGAAAGCACUGCUGAUUGGGAUCAGGCUUGCUUCUCUGCCAGUGAGCUUGUGAAGAUAUUUUUACAUAACAGUCCUUCGUCCAUCUCUAAAGAAAAUUUCAAGCAAAUCAGCCCAGCGAUCAUUCAGCAGCUACUGAGCUGUUCCUGUCAGCUUACAGAAUCCAAGCAAACAAAGCUGCCACCAACAACUCUGGAAAAGUAUGGCUACAGCACUGUUGCAGUUUUACUUAUUACUAUUGGAUCUAUGUUUGGUACAACCCUCAUUUUCUUCAGCUCCUGUCAAGAAAUCUAUACACUCAUUUUACAGCUGUUUGUGGGUUUAGCUGUUGGGACUCUCUCUGGAGAUGCUCUUCUACAUCUUAUUCCACAGAUUCUUGGUUUACAUAAACAUGAAGCUCAGGAGACAGAACAUAUCUAUGAAGGGAAAGAAUAUGUCUGGAAAAUGUUGGGAAUGAUUGGAGGAAUUCAUGGAUUUUUUCUGAUAGAAAAAUGUUUCUUUCUUUUGGUAUCACCAAGUGAUCAGCAGGGCCUUUCAUUAGUUAAUGGGCACUUGGGGCAUUCCCAUGAUCUUCCAGUGGAAUCUGAAUUAAAUGACCAUUCAGGCAGAGGCAAAACUACUUCAACCAUACAGUUGAGAAGUCCUGAAGACUCUGAGUCUGAAAUUCCUCCAGACAGCAAGACGACAAGCAGCAAGAGCAAAGGAAUUAGUUUGUUGGCAAUAAUGGUUUUGGUGGGUGACAGUCUUCACAAUUUUGCCGAUGGCCUGGUAAUAGGAGCAGCAUUUUCAUCCUCAACAGAAACGGGUGUCACCACGACGAUUGCUAUCUUAUGCCAUGAAAUUCCCCAUGAAAUGGGUGAUUUUGCUGUGCUGUUAAGUACAGGUCUCUCCACAAAAAUUGCAUUAUUAAUGAAUUUUAUAAGUGCUCUAACUGCCUUCAUAGGGCUUUAUAUUGGCCUUUCAAUAUCAACUGACUCCUGUGUUCAGAACUGGAUUUUUACCAUCACAGCCGGAAUGUUCUUGUAUUUAUCAUUAGCAGAAAUGCUUCCUGAAAUGACUCACAUUCAGACACGGCGACCCUGGUUGAUGUUUCUCCUACAGAACCUUGGAUUACUAUUAGGUUGGCUUUGCCUCUUUCUUUUAGCUAUAUAUGAACAGAAAAUUAAAAUAUAAUGUUUCUACUGGAAAUUUCUAAAUAUCAGUCAUGAAUUUGUAUAGCAUUAUUUCCAUUUUUUCAUGCCCGCUAUAGUCAUUUAAAAAUUAAGUCGAUGGGAUUUUUGUAUCUAAAGUUAAGUAGGUAAAAAUUUCACUUUAUUAACUUAUUGUUCAGAUUUUGUAAUUUUUUUAAAACAUGAAUGUUUAGAUUGAUGCUUUAUUUGUUAUUGAGUUUACCAAAACUCUUAUGAUCAAACUCACAGGAGCUUCUCUUUAGUUUAUUGAGUCCAUUCUAGUUAAAUACUUCAAGUGAUCUCUGCUACUCUGAUUGAAGAAAAGAAUACAAGUUUUUAUAUACAGUAAUCCAACUGAAAAGGAACAUAGUUCAAGAGUUUGAAGCAUAAAAUCUUGUUACCUCUUAAUGCCAAGAAUAAAUUUCUAUGAAACUGAAAAGUAUAGUCAAGCUGAUUUACUGAGUUAAAUAUCACACAAUCUCAUUCUAAUACAAUGUGUGUUAUCUACCUUGCUGAUGUAGUGACAAAGUUUUGUUGUCAUGUCUUGCUGGCCCACUGUCACACAGGAAACUCUGGCAAACAAGUGUUAAAACCUGUGACAAUAUUAGAACACAGUUGAGCAAUGUCAGAAUAUCCAUUCGUGUCUGCAUUGUUUUAUAUGUAUGUUAUGUAUAUUGGUAUCUAUGGAAGCCAAUCAGAUCAUUAGAUAAUAUCAUGAGUCAGAAAGCAGUUUAUUCAUACAAAUACAAUAUGCUUUUAAUGAAAAUCUGUUCCCACUGUCUGAAAUGUACAUUGAUCCAGCAACCCCUCUCUCACUCAAGUGGUUUUAUGCAAGUAGCCCCUAUUGACUUCUGUGGGAUUAUUCCCCUGAGUAGACCACUCAGUUAAGUAAGGACUAGAGAAUCAGACCCUAAACAAAUUUUGACAAUAACAGCCUGACUUUGAGGUGCUGUGUGACUUCAGUGAGGUAUUUUAUAAGUAAACUCUGUAAUUUAUUUGGCAUAAGGAUUCCCUCCCGCAUUUAAUUUCUUUUCUGUAAACUACAUCACAGACUUGCUCUUUGACUGAAAAUUCUUAUUUCUCUUAUUUGCUGAAAGAGGGAGAGCCAGUUACUGAAAAAAUUGUAUUCUGUGUACAACCAAAUGCACAUCUUUCUUCUUUUCUCUGUCUUAGGUACUCAUAUGGCCUGCAUAGUAUCGGAGUGUCCUCCAGUCUUUUCAUGUAUUUGUUCUAACAUCUCUGAAGUAGGAAAGUACUGUUAUCCUCACUUUGCAGAUGGGGAACUGAGGUACAGAGGGACUAAGGACAAUAUUUGUAAAAGUAUUUUAGGCUACUAGGGAUGCAGACAGGCACCAAAUGGGAUUUUUGAAAGCACCCAUAUGCCUAACUUGCACUGAUUUCAAUGGGUGUUAUGUAUCUAUGCAUUUUUGAAAAUCCUGCUGGGAAUUUAUCUACAUCUUUAGGUGCCUAAAUAUCUUUAAAAAACCUGGCCCUGAGUGACCUACACAAGUUCACACAGGAAGUCUUCAUCAGUUCAGGGAACAGCACCCAGGUGUCCUGACUCCCAUGCUAGCCCUGAACCAUUUGUGCUCAACGGACAUAAGAUUCUGAUGCUGCCUAUUCUGUUACAUUAACUUUCAGAGAUUCCAAUUUCAUUGAGAAGCUGUGACUGAUGGCUCUCUGUCCUACUUCACAUUUUGUAGGAGUUUGUGUUUAAUUUUAGUAAGGUGAGAUUUCAAAAAAUGGAUCUCUCAAUAUUUCAUCUGCUAGUGAUGGAGCUGAGUCACUUCAUGACCUUCAACAGACAGUCAAUUCAGGACACCGCUGGAUGUAAGAAAAUCUAUUCUUGUUUCAGGAAGGCCAAGUGAAUAUUGGAAACAUUUGUUAUUUCAAAGAGCAGAGCUACUAUAUUUUGAGUAUGUGCAUGCAGGCUGUUCAGUACCAAAGAAAGCAAAGCUACCAACUGAACAAGAUUUUGCAUCAUGGUUUAAAGUUGAAUGAUGAAAUGUUUUUCCACCUGUUGUCAAAAAGUUUCUGGA